AUGUCGUAUUCGUAUAUGUUCAAGUACAUUAUUAUCGGCGACACUGGCGUCGGAAAGUCUUGUCUUUUAUUGCAAUUCACGGAUAAACGUUUCCAACCCGUUCACGACCUAACGAUUGGUGUUGAAUUUGGGGCUCGUAUGAUUACUCUCGAUGGAAAGCAGAUAAAGCUUCAAAUUUGGGACACGGCAGGUCAGGAGACGUUCAGGUCGAUAACACGGUCUUACUACCGCGGGGCUGCCGGAGCUCUACUUGUUUACGACAUCACUCGUCGUGAUACUUUCCUGCAUUUGACAUCAUGGUUGGAGGAUGCAAAACAGCAUUCCAGCUCAAACAUGGUUAUAAUGCUUAUUGGCAACAAAUCUGAUCUGGAAAGUCGACGCGAUGUGCGAAAGGAAGAAGGCGAGGCAUUUGCUCGAGAACAUGGACUUAUUUUCCUGGAAACAUCAGCGAAGACGGCUGCGAAUGUUGAGGAAGCUUUCAUUGAGACUGCCAAAUCAAUAAACGAGAAAAUUCAGGAGGGUAUUCUGGAUUUGAACAAUGAGGCCAAUGGUAUCAAGAUCGGUCCACACAACUAUCCUUCAGGAGCUUCGGCUUCUGGUUCAAAUCCGUCCAAAGGAACUUCAAGUGGCUGCUGUUAA